GAGCGCCCGCUUUCGCUGCGCUGGGAUGUAUUUGUGAAUACAAUACGCGACGUAUUAUUUUAUCGAGAAAGUAAUAAAUCGUCAGUUAUUUAUUGUGCUACACUAGUCACUUAUAAUUUCCUGUGGAAUAUUACUUAUCAGUGAUAUCAAAAUGUUUUUCGGAGGCGUAGAAGGGGGUGCGACACAUUCAAAUCUCGUGAUAUGCGACCAGCUCGGUAGAGUCGUGGGCAGGGCCGAAGGUCCAGGCACGAAUCACUGGACACUGGGUAUUGAAGAGUGUGCCAGACGCAUCAUAGCUAUGGUGGAAUCCGCUAAGGAAGAGGCUGGUAUAUCGAAGGAUCAGCCUUUGGACUCUUUGGGCCUGACUUUGUCUGGUUGCGAGCAAGAAAGCAGUAAUGCAGAGCUGGCUCUCAGGGUAAAGGAAAAGGAUGGAAAUGCUGCGAAAGCCAUUUAUGUUGGCUCUGAUACUGCUGGGUCCUUGUUCACGGGAGCCACUAAUGGUGGAAUGGUGCUUAUUGCUGGAACUGGCUCCAACGCUCUGCUGAGAACUCCUAAUGGAGAGCAGCAUGGUUGCGGAGGCUGGGGAUACUUAUUGGGAGACGAAGGCGGUGCAUACUGGAUAGCCCACAAAGCAGUGAAAACGGUAUUCGACGAUGUAGAUGGCCUAAAUCCUUCACCGUACCCAACUGACAGGGUUUGGGAAGUCAUACGGGAACAUUUCGAUGCUGACACCAGGGCUGAUCUACUGCCACAUGCUUAUAAACACUUCGACAAGUCCAUGUUUGCUGGAGUGACAUCAAAACUGUCAUCCCUAGCUUACAAAGGCGACGAGCUCUCCCGCCACUUGUUCUCGCAAGCCGGAGUUACUCUAGCUUCUCACGUGGCUGCGCUCGCCGUGCACUGUGAAACCCGACGUAUUCGCGUCGUCUGCGUUGGAUCAGUGUGGAAGAGCUGGGAUAUAUUGAAGCCUGGGUUUUUGAAGCAGUUGAAGUUUAGAAAGGUUAAAACAGAGCUCGAACUUGUAACACUUCGAGUAUCAAGUGCGAUGGGGGCAGCUUGGCUUGCCGCCAAACACGUGGGUUUCGAGUUACCCAGAGACGACACGGCAUUCUGCAAAGUUUUCUACACUUACCACCCCGAAGAAAUCGUUAACGGCAAUGGCAAUGUCGUUAAUGGCAAAAUAAACGGCAAACUUAAUGGCAAUGGUAUUGCUAAUGUGGCGGCCGGGGUAAUAGGUUAUAUUAGUUUGAAAGAAAAAUUGUUAGCUGCUACUGUGAUAAAUAAUGAUUUAAAAGGUAGGAGAGAGCAGUUUAACUUUAUAGCUGAUGUGGUGGCUGUGUCGGCGCCGUCCGUGGUGUAUAUAGAGAUAAAAGACGGUCGUCGUUUGGACUUGUUUUCUGGUCAGCCCGUGACACUGUCGAAUGGCUCUGGCUUCAUUGUGAAGGAAGAUGGGCUGAUAUUGACUAACGCUCACGUUGUGGUAAACAAGCCUAACGCCAUAGUGAAUGUGCGGUUAUAUGAUGGAUCCAUUCACACUGGUUUUGUUGAAGAUGUGGAUCUCAAGUCAGAUUUAGCCACCCUUCGCAUCCCGGUGAAGGGGUUACCAGUUAUGAAAUUAGGUUCAUCUUCUGAUAUACAGCCUGGCGAGUGGGUGGUGGCGAUGGGUAGUCCUCUAGCACUCAGUAACACAGUCACUGCUGGAGUAGUAAGCUCCACCCAGAGAGCCAGUGAGGAACUUGGUUUAAGAGGCAAAGACAUGGUAUACAUACAGACAGACGCUCCAAUCACAUUUGGCAACAGUGGAGGGCCGCUAGUGAACUUAGACGGUGAAGCGAUAGGCAUCAACAGUAUGAAGGUCACAUCCGGUAUAUCGUUUGCUAUACCAAUUGAUUACGUCAAGGAGUUUCUGGCUAAGAGGACGACGAAGUCUCCGCAAGUGUCGCGGCGGUACCUCGGCAUCACGAUGCUCUCACUCACGCCCAAUAUACUGAUGGAGCUGAGAAUGAGGAACCCUGAGAUGCCAACAGACAUUGAACACGGAAUUCUAGUGUGGAAAGUUAUCAUCGGAUCACCAGCUUACAACGGUGGUCUCCAACCCGGCGACAUAGUGACAAGUAUAAACAACAAACCAGUGAGGACAGCUAGCGACAUCUACAUGUUACUAGAGAACACUAGCGGCAGUUUGCGCAUAGAAGUCGUUAGAGGGCGCCAGCGAAUCGCGCUCACAGUGACACCAGAACUACACUGAUAGAAAUUAUGUUCUAGAAACUGUUAACAAGGAUAGUCAAAUGUUAUAAAUAAACACCUGUAACUAUAUGCCAGUGGUGAAAAUAUGUAAUUCUAAGAUAUCGCUCACUCUGUAAUUACUAUAUAAAAAACUAUUCUCUAUACAGUGUAUACAGAAUGUUUCUUUUUGGUGUAAACUACUUAUGUACCUACACUAGUGAUGCACGGCUGAUUAUCGACAAAAAUAUCGGAUUUGAAAAGACGUAGAAUAUUUGAUUUUGUUUAUCAAGUGAAUGUUUUUUGUGAUAGAUAUGCCUGGUGAAAUACAGUGUUCAAUAUCAUAAUCA